UUUUGUACUUUUGGCACCAGUGAUGAUGGGUUACGACCUAGAUCCUAUUUUUAGACUGCUUAUCCUCAUACCCUUAGUUUGAUAUUUCGAUAUUCUAUUCGUGUGAAUACGUGAUGACCAUGAACAAAUCAACCUUUGUUUUUAUUUUCUACCGAUGCUACGUAUCGAGUAGUAAGAUACUAUUGAAGAAUAAAAGAAAGACAGUGUAUAGAUUUCCGACCGCAAUACCUGGGUUUAGGAAAAGCCACUGCAGAGACCUAUAAUAUUGUAGUGAAGUAUGAGGAGGUACUGUUCAGUCUGCGUCAUAUGUGAGGCUGCUUCGUAUUUAUACUUCGUGAGCAAUAUAUGUUACGUUCAGCCCCUGCAUAUCGCCUGUCACCGCCAUUUUUUAUUGCCUUCUCCCUCAUUACUGCUACUCUGCUGUUCAACAUUGGACGCAUUCUGAUGAACAUAAGGAGAAACUCACAUAAAGAAAAAUAAAAUGAAAUAAAUAAACCAAAAGAAAAGAAUAAUGUAGGCUGAGGGGAACCCGUUGCCAGGGUAAGUGCACUAGGGCUGCCAGAUUUGUUUACCAUCACCGAUCGGGAAUGGUCAAAAAUUCGCCGAUCGAACGAAUGUCAAUCAGGUACUCCAAAUCUUUCUCUACCUUUCUGUCAUCCCGCCUCACACGCGCUUCGUGUUUAGGACAUUUUACCUUCCAUCAUUCAAGAUGGACAAACGAUCAGCAGAAAGUCCGAUGGACUUCGAAUGGCAGACAAGAGCCCCAGGGGAUGUGACUUCACCCUUCUAUCAGCUCAGCAUGCAGCAUGACAACCAAAAGAAACGACCCUAUCGCAUCUUCGAAUCUCCCGACAAGAAACAGACACCAGCCUUGCGUGAACCCAAUUCACAGCCCUUCCUCUUCUCCCAGUCGCGACCCCAAGACCCGCCUGGCACCCCGAAAUCCCUCUUUGGCCAGUCCGCAUUCAUGACCCCGCGCAAGUUCGAUGUUGAUUUCUCGUCCGGUGCAGAGAAUAUGUCGUCUCCCGAGAACGCAGAUAACGAAGAUACUCCGGAGCCGCCCAUGAAGUCGGGCCAUCGAAAUUCAUUAUUCAACAUGUACGGACGGUUUGCGCCCAGUCCCGGGCGGGGCGAGAUUCCUCGUCUGAAUCAUUAUUCCAAUGCGUUGGCUCGCCGGGUACAGAAGAGAAGACGAAGGGACAAGGCACUAGAUAUGCAAUUUCGCAGGGAGAGUGAUGAUGAGAGUGAGGACGAGCACGUAUCAGCCAACAAGCAGAACCAGAACCAGGGACACAUUCAGGGGCAGGCCCAACCGGCAUCGCGUAUGUCUUCUUUCUCGGACUUUUUCGCUUUGCUCGAGGCACACCCCAACGUUCCGAGUAUCCUGUCGUGGUGGGCCCAGUUGGUCGUGAACCUGUCUCUGUUCUCGCUCGCCGUGUACGUGGUGUUUGGAUUUGUGUCGGCUAUUCGGGCGGAGUUCGAGCAGGCGGCGGAAGAGGUGUCCGAUACAAUAUUAGCAGAAAUGGCGACGUGUGCGAAGAGCUACGUGGAUAACAAGUGCGGCGGCGGAGAUCGACUUCCAGCGCUGGAGACAGUCUGUGAAAACUGGGAACGCUGUAUGAACCGGGAUCCAGCGAAGGUCGGACGGGCAAAGGUGUCGGCACAUACCAUGGCGAUCAUCAUCAACAGCUUCAUCGACCCCAUUAGCUGGAAAGCGAUUAUGUUCUUCCUCGCGACCAUUUCGACAGUUACCGUUGUCAGCAACUGGUCCUUCCGUUCGUUCAGAAACCGUUACAAUCAACACGAGUAUACUCAUCCUUCUGCCCCCAGCUUUUCUCGGCAACCGUCCGGACAGCAUCACCCUUCAUUAGGCCCCUCCCAGCCGUCCUACCAGCACUCGGGUGGGUUUAAUUACCAGACCCAUGCGCCGAGUCUUGAUCAUAAAAAAGAAAAACCGUUAAUGCUCGAAGACUCGCCAACACGGGACUUCGUCAAUGAGCGGAGCCGCACUCGGGAAAAUCGCAUGCGAACCCCAAGUCCCACGAAGAGAGAUAGGAAGUUGUUAUUAUAA